GGCGGAGACACACCGUGACCGACAGCACCAGCACUUUUGUUGAUGAGGGAUAAAGCCUGCUCUGCUUUUCAUUCAACUCAACGUCGCAGUUGAUCAUUUACUGUUAAUAAUAACCGCUUCGAAUGCAACUUUGUUGCCAGUUGAGUUACUUUAGUUCUCGUACGAGACUCUCGACCGAGGAGACACACAAAGCUGGCAGGUACCACCGGAGAUUUUGGAGAUUUAAAAAAAAAAGAAACGAGUAGUCUCUGCUGCAGCCAAGUUGCAUGCAAAAUAACGGUUUUCCUCUGAGGCUCCGGGUCUACUCCGCUCCUCACAGGGGGCAGCGUCACUUCGCAUUCGAGGACAACGAUAUGAACAGGAGAAACUGAGGACCGGCAGCUCAAACGUUGUGACACUGCUCUGACAUCUGUAAACAGGCCCUGAGAUUUGUAUGGGUCAUUCUUGUCCGCCAAAGGAAUGAUUGACCUACUAACAUUACUCCAAGAGUUCAUUGAUGAUUUGCCCAAAAGGUCACAAAAGAAGCCAGAACAUCCAAAGCAAUGCAGACCACACUUGCCUCAUCUAAGCAGAUCUCCCCUGACGGACUGAACAAACGUCUUGACUCCAGCAGAGCUACUGCUGUCCUCAGCCUGCUUGUGGUCUGAGGGGACUCACAUCAAAGCUCUCCAUUCUUGGUUUUGCUUCAUUGCUGUGCUUCAUUAGAACUGAGAUCUAUCCAAGCUUCAGCCAACUGUGCACAUGGAGGAGUAUGACAUUCGCUCUGCUGCCAGCAUCCUGGCCUCGGUGAAGGAGCAGGAGGAGCGUUUUGAGCAGCUAACCCGAGCCCUGGAGGAGGAGCGCCGCAACGUCACCCUGCAGCUUGAGCGGGCCAUUCUGCCACCUAACCCCUCCAUCAACCAACCACUAGCAUGGCAACAAGUGGUAAUGCAGGAGCAGAGCCCCAGUAACGCCACAUCCCUGGCUAUGAUGCAGGAGCCACAGGAGGUGGUGGAGGAGACGGUCACCAUAGAGGAGGACCCCGGCACGCCCACCUCCCACGUUUCGGUGGUCACCUCCGACGAUGGAACCACGCGGCGCACAGAGACCAAGGAUAUGUCAACCAAUGUGAAGGUGACUAAGAUGGUGAAGACGGUGACCACCAGAACAGUGCGUCAGGUACCUCUGGGUCCAGAUGGCUUACCCCUGCCUGAAGGCUCGUCCCCUCUGAGCAGCUACACUGAUUCCAUCGACCGUCGGUACAUGAAGAACGGAGGUGAACGCUUCAUCACACCCCAAGCAACCUCUACCCUGACACGCGCCUACAACAACUCCUACACUGACUCAUACGGCGAGACACCAGAGAGCCAGUACAUCCGUCACUACGGCCUGCAUGAUGGCUACACAGAUUUGACGGACAACUACGGCAGUCUGUCGCGUGGCAUCAACUUCCGGCCGCCGCGCUACCCCUACAUACCCAACAGUUACCGUCCAGAGAACAGCUACACACUGCCUAUUCGCAAGGACGACUAUGGCCAUGUGGCGCAGCCCCAGGUGCCCAUGGGGAGCAGCACAGUGGAUCUGAACCGCUCGCAACCGGAGCGAUUCCAACCUGAGCCAUACGGCUUAGAAGAUGAUCGUCGCAGCUUGGGCCAUGAAGAAGAGGAGCCGUAUGAGCUGGAACCCGACUACUCCACUGCCAACCGCAGAACCCUGCCAGGGGCCAACCGUGGCCGCACUCUCAGAGAACCUCUUCGCGAUGUGCACAGGGUCAGAGGGUACCCAGAUGACCCCAUUGAGGCAGAGCUGAUUGAUGAGCGCCACCCUUACAUCCAUGGUAUGUAUUCAGCACCACUUGCUCAGCCUGAGAGAGGGAGCAUGGCCAGUCUGGACCGAAUGGCUGGCCGACGUUCACCUUCCAUCGACAGCAUUCGCAAGGACCCCCGCUGGCGUGACCCCGAUCUCCCUGAGGUUAUUGCCAUGCUGGGUCACCCAAUCGACCCGGUGAAGUCCAACGCUGCUGCCUACCUGCAGCACCUCUGCUAUGAGAAUGACAAGAUUAAGAAGGACGUGCGCCAGCUGAAGGGAAUUCCUGUUCUGGUUGGGCUUUUGGAUCACCCCAAAGCUGAAGUCCACCGCAAAGCUUGCGGUGCUCUUCGGAACAUCUCUUAUGGGAAGGACAAUGAGAACAAGGUAGCCAUCAAGAACUGUGAUGGUAUUCCGGCCCUUAUCCGUCUGCUAAGGAAGACCAACGACAUGGAGGUUCGAGAACUCAUCACUGGUACUCUGUGGAAUCUGUCAUCCUAUGAGCCCCUGAAGAUGGUGAUCAUCAACCAUGGGCUGCAGACCAUGACCAAUGAGGUAAUAAUCCCCCACUCGGGUUGGGAGCACGAACCCAACGAGGAUUCGAAGCCCCGUGAUGCAGAGUGGACCACUGUGUUCAAGAACACAUCUGGCUGCCUCAGAAACGUGAGCUCAGACGGGGCAGAGGCUCGACGCAGACUGAGAGAAUGCGAGGGACUGGUUGACGCUCUGCUGCAUGCUCUGCAGUCCGCUGUAGGGAAGAAAGACAUGGACAACAAGUCUGUUGAAAACUGCGUUUGCAUUAUGAGGAACCUUUCCUAUCACGUGCACAAAGAGGUGCCGGGAGCUGAGAGAUUCCAGGACCCAUCGGCUCUUCAGCCUCCCGGAUCUGUGGGACCACAAAGGAAAAAGAAGGAUGACGCUGGCUGCUUCGGAGGAAAGAAGGCCAAAGAGGAAUGGUUUAAUCAAGGCAGAAAGAAUGGUGAAAACGACAAAAACUACGACACAUUGGAUCUACCUAAACGUACAGAGCCUUCCAAAGGCUUUGAGCUGCUGUACCAGCCUGAAGUGGUGAGGCUCUACCUGUCUCUGCUGACGGAGAGCCAGAACUACAAUACCCUUGAGGCAGCUGCAGGGGCUCUGCAGAACCUCAGCGCUGGACAGUGGACUUGGUCCAACUACAUUCGAGCCACGGUGCGGAAGGAGAAAGGUCUCCCAAUCCUGGUGGAGCUGCUGCGUUCCGACUCUGACAAGGUGGUCCGAGCUGUGGCCAUUGCUCUGCGCAACCUUUCUAUUGACCGACGCAACAAGGAUCUGAUUGGAAGUUACGCCAUGCGGGACCUUGUGAGCAACCUGCCCAGCGGUCAGCAGCGACCAGCUAAGAACCUGGAGGAGGACACCGUGGUCGCAAUCCUCAACACAAUUCACGAGAUUGUGACGGACAGCUCCGAAAACGCUCGGUCCCUUAUCCAGGCCCAGGCCAUCGAGAAGCUGGUUGCCAUUAACCGGACCAGCCAAUCAGCUCGUGAAACAAAGGCAGCAUCCCACGUACUGCAGACGGUGUGGAGCUACAAGGAGCUGAGGAACACUUUGACUAAGGAUGGUUGGAACAAGAGCCACUUCCAGCCUGCUGUGACGGCCACCCCAAAAGCCACCAAGAAUGGCAAACCAGGUUAUGACGACACCACUCUGCCGCUGAUGGAGAAGAACCAAGAUGGUUACUCCACCAUUGACCAGAGGGACAAGGACUGCAAAUACAAAACAGAUGACAGUUUGGCGGACCUGACAGAACGGGAACCAUUAAAGAAUGAUACAAAUAGGAAACACUAUAUUAGGAGUAACAGGCCUGCGGUCAGUCUGGUGGACGCUUGUGAUGUUAAGCCUCAGCCUGUUGACUCCUGGGUCUAAGUGCAUGCAUGGCUUCAGGCUUAACACAGCAAUAGUGCGACAUCCCCAACUACAAGAGGAUCUCUCAUAUCGCCACUGCCAUUUCACGGGAGCUCAUCUUUGGAGUGGGACUUUUUACAGAAUAGAGGAUUUCAAAAAAAUGUGGCCACAACCGAGACUACCCAGCAGCAGUCAUGUUUUUCAGAGAAAACAAUUUUUCAUUUUUAAAAAGAGUAACGACACUUCCUACUCAGUCAUAUCUACAUUCCUCGGCAUCAUGUGAAUUUCACAAUGUUGACUCUUGCUCUGAGAGUAAAUUUGAGUAAGGCUGGCGGGAACGCAAUGUGCAGAAGAGGCAAAGUAAAGCAGCAUAGAAGGAAAAGGAACGUGCACUGAAAGGAUACCUGCUGGGAAGGAAAUGGGAAAUGGAUGCUCCAUUCUUAAUUUCAGAUUUCCUGUGUGGUUUCGGGAGUUUUGAUGAAUUUUGAUUUGUUUGAUUUUGGUAUGUUGUUUUGAAGACAGAGGGAAGAGAAAAACAAAGGUAGAGAACCAAGCCUGAGAAGAGCUGUAGCAUCAUAGAGAAACCAGUAAAGAGCCUGUUUUCAUGAACUAAAAUCCAUCUGGGUUCACUGUGUUAUUUUUUAAUACAAAAAAAAAUGGCACUGCUUUUACAUCAGGAGUGUGAAUCAGGUGAUCAGUUUCUGGGUUUUGUAGUUAGGAACCUGCAAGUUGGGAUCUGGAGAAAGGCAAGUGACAUUCUGAGUUAGCGUGGCGUUUCAUCUUCACACGACAUCACAGGAGGAAGCUCUAAUGGUUACAAAAACAAAAUCAGAAGAGAUUUACGGUUUCCUUCAUCCUGUAUGAGCCAAACAGCUUCACUCACAGAACCGCCAUUUCUCGUAUGAACUCUCAGGUUGUGCAGCGUUGCGGCAUCGCGAGUUUCCUGGUGGGUCGCUGUUUGUCAGUGUUGUGUGCUGAAGAGGAUUCAAGGCAUUAUGUUUUUAAAUUAUCUGUAUUUCUGAGGAGAGCAGACUGUAAAAAAGGAUUGUUCUAAAAGCAUUUUUGUUGGGUUUUAUAUAAAUGUACAUUAGAGUAAAACACAAAAAUUGAAAAAUAAAAAAAAUUGCCAUAUAAGAAAAAUUGCAUUUCUUACCUGUAUCACCUUGCUUGGAAAGCACAUUUCAUUUGAUGAAGGCUCACUGUUGUUCGUAAACAAGAAAUAACCGUGUGUCAAAUGUCGUCAAGCCACACCGGCAGUCACCUAUUUAUAUUUUGUAUUUGUGGAAAAGGUUACAGAAAGGAAAACGUAUAUGUUUUGUUGCAAAAGGAUCCAUGUUUUGUGGCAGAAGAGAUGAUUUUUAAUUUAAAAAAUAUAUAUAUAUAAAUAUAUAUCUUCCUCAUGCGUUUGGAUGUGAUUCGAUUACCACCACCCCACCUUCUCUGCUACAUGUUAGAGGAAAUGAUCCAGUAGUGAGCAUGACGAUCUUUAUAUUGUAUUCUUUUCUUUUCAAGUGCCAGUUUUUCUUUGUGGAGUCAUUUGGAUGUUACCUAAUCCACUCGUGCAAGAAGAGAGUUGGUCUAUGGCUGAAGACAAAAGGACAGUGCUGCACGACAGUGUGUAAAUUAAAGAUGGGUCUUAUAGUAUAUAUAUUUUUUACAGUUGAGAUGCAGAAUCAUGUUGCCAUUACAGAGAAUCGAACCUGAUCUGGUGUCAUGCGUCUCUCACUCAAGGCAAACGGCAUGUGCCUGUGUUCGAGUCUGAUUUUAUUUUUAUUUUUGUUCGUGACGUAUGUGACUUUGUAAAGCUUGCAUAUUUUACACAGUGUUUACAAAGGUGUAUGUUGUGGUAAAAAAAUCAAUGAACUAUUAAAAGAACUGUUCCUGUGUAUUAAAACCCAGAUUUCUAAAAACAACAACUACAAAAAAGUCAUCAUAACCCAAACAACCCUCGUGUGUGUCCUCAGACGUGUGUGCUUUUCAUUAGACAAAGACCCACAUGACUGUCUCCUUCUUAAAUGCACUACCACAACCAAAGGAUCGGGAGUUGAACUCAUCAUUUUUAAAGUAAUAAAGGGCUCUUGGUUGUGUUAAUGUGCAGCCCGUUGUGCAUUUACAUAACAUAGAGCCACACGACUGUGCUGUAAAAUCCACGGACACGCAUGGAAUCAAACAAACCUACCUGUGUAGAUACAACAGAUUCAAGACCGUGCAACUAAAGUAACUGAGUAGCAGACGUGUUUGUACCUAUCAUGUGCCUUAAUCUUUUCCAUGCUAGUUAAAGAUGACUGUGUUUUAUAUAACUCCAUUUCACAUCUUCCCUUUCAUUCCCUGUGUCAGCCCCCCACCCCGCCAUUCAGCUCAUCAUUUCAUCCAUCCAGGCCCCUCUACCCUGACUUGCACCUCACUGUCCCCCUCCUAAGUAGGUUUGACUGUUGGCGGGUUGCUGCCUUGUAUUACAUUGUACUAUAAACUUUUAAUGAGUUAGAGAGCAUAUGACAAAUGGAUUUGAUUUCCUAGAGAAGUAAAGCCGUUGGAGCUUUCGUAGUGAGCAGAAGCGAUGCCACAGUGACAGAAUGUAUUAUGUUAAUUUUACUAAUACCCAGAGGCAAAUAUUACGCUUGUUAAACAUAAUGGAAAAAUACUGGUUUGUAGAGUAUAAAUUUGGUGUGUUUUCAAUAAAUCAUGCCUGGAAAUUAA